UCCAAGCAGCCUGAGUCUUCUUCUACCAAUAACCCUUCCCAAGAAGGAGAGAACAAUACCUCUACCCCUUCCUCCCCUCAACAAGAGAACCCUCCUACUGGUGAUCAGGAAGAACAAGAACAGAAGCCUGAGGAUAACACCGACAACAACAACGACAACGACACAGAAGACAAACCCAAAGAAGAGGACAAAGAAGAAGACCCUCAACCUAAACAAGAACCUCAAGAAGAAGAAGAAGAAGAAGAAGAAGAAGAAGGAGAACAAGACACCCAACCCAAACAAGAAGAGAAAGAAGACAAAAUACCCAAACAAGAACCCCAAUCCUCCGACUCCGAACCAGAACCAGAGCCAGAACCAGAACAACGCGCCCCCCAACCCACCAACAAUCAAGACCGUAAACGUCGCUCCCGACCACCCCAGAAACUCCGCCAAAGAGACGAAUACUCCGACAUGGACAACAACAACAACAACCAACAAGUAGACCGCCCCCGCCGCCAGCGCCGCCAGCGUCCCCAACAGCAACAACAAGGCCAGGACGGCGGACCCCUGGGCGGUCUCCCCGGCGUGGGCCAAGCCGGCGAUCUCGUGCAAAACACAGCAGGUAACGCACUGAACGGCGUAACAGGCAGUGCGGGCAAAGCUGUAGGCGGGAUCCUCGGUGGAGGCGGCGGCGGGGAUGAAAAGGAAGGCAAGGAUGAGCAGUUGAGGUUGAGACUUGAUCUCAAUUUGGAUAUUGAGGUGCAGUUGAAGGCUAAGAUUCAUGGUGAUCUUACCCUUGGGUUGUUGUAUGUUUAUCCCAUUUUCCCUUCUUCCCCUUUUUUCCUUCCUUCCUUUCCCCUUGAUGCCAUCCCCUGGGUUGCAACUUGAUAUAUGUACCCACCCUAUUAUGAUUUAUCUGAUAUACAUCAGUUCGUGACAUCGAGCGAGCGAUAUACUAUACUACACUAUACACAUACAUACAUACAUAUUAUAUUGGGACAUACGUGACUAAUUCGUGCGGAUAGGAACUGAGAGUGUUGAAGAUGGGGAAAGAGAACUGGG